AUGUCGCGUCGUAAACAGGCAAAACCGCGUGCAUUUCUUAAACUUGGCGAAGAUCCGGAUAAAUGUUCUAAUCUUGAGCUUUUGGAACCAAAUGCUAAAAAACAUGAAGGUAACAGAACAGCUAAUUUGGAAAAACAAAUGAAAUCUGAAUUCACCGAAACACCUAAACAGCAAUGUGAUCAAAAAUUAAACUCAGCAUCAGCAAUUAAACUAAAAAUAAAAGUAUCUCAUGAGACUUCAGCAGUAUACGCUAAAUACGAACAAUCAACAUCGAAUAAUAUUGUAAAGAAUACAAAAAAUACAAAACUUGAUAAUCCGACCAUAAAAAUGGAUAACGACUGCGUUAGUAAUAUUUCCACGGAAGGAAUACUGGAGUCAGACAACGAAGAUAUAGUAUAUUUGAAUGACGAAGAAUACACUGAGGAUGAUUUACACAGUUUGGAUAGUUUCUAUUCUGGUAAGUUAAAUGUGAAAAUAUAA